UCGCGAAUCGCGACGCAGCGUAACCAGAACCUUAAUUUGCGUGGGGCCUCUUUAAGUACCGAGUCGCUUCCGGUAGCCUCGGACCUACGGUGGGGUUUGCGUUCCCGGUGGUCGGCGUCCGUGCCUUGUGUUCGCCGCUAUGCCCGAGCCGGCAAAGUCCGCCCCCGCGGCCAAGAAGGGCUCGAAGAAGGCGGUCACCAAAGCCCAGAAGAAAGACGGCAAGAAGCGCAAGCGCAGCCGCAAGGAGAGUUACUCCAUCUACGUGUACAAGGUGCUCAAGCAGGUGCACCCCGACACCGGCAUCUCCUCCAAGGCCAUGGGCAUCAUGAACUCGUUCGUCAACGACAUCUUUGAGCGCAUCGCCGGCGAGGCCUCCCGCCUGGCGCAUUACAACAAGCGCUCGACCAUCACCUCCCGGGAGAUCCAGACGGCCGUGCGCCUGCUGCUGCCCGGCGAGCUGGCCAAGCACGCCGUGUCCGAGGGCACCAAGGCCGUCACCAAGUACACCAGCUCCAAGUGAGUCCCUGCCGGGACUCGGCGCUCGCACGGGUCGCCGGCCGCUUGACUCCAAAGGCUCUUUUCAGAGCCACCCACCUUCUCGGGGAAAGAAGCGGUUUUUCCCUAUUUAAAAAUGUUAUUUUUCCAUGCUAUUUAUUCUUUUUAAUAUCAGCCUUUUCCUUUGGAUGACAAGAAAGGACUCUAAGAUUGGACCUGAUUCUUUUAACAUUGUGGAGAGCUAGAGUACGUGUAUUUGUUCUCAAAAGUAACUCAGUUUUAACAGUGAAGCGGUCAGCAAUACGUGGCAGUCAACGUGUAAAUAUACUCAUGAUUAUAGAAAUUAGUGCUAAGGAGUGUUUGCUGUAAGGUAAUUAGCUUGAAUCUGUUUAUUGUAAUUGCAUUUUUCUUUGGAAAAUUAAUGUGUUUGUAAACAUGGAAAGCAGUACUUCUGAAACCACGCCCAGCACCCAUAAAUAAAUUUUUCUUGGUACCUCGA